CAUUCUUCCCUCUCCAUCUACCUUCACUCCACCACUGACGUUCUCGCAAUACAGCAUCACCGCCGUCGCCAUGGAAGCCCGAAUCGAUCGCGAUCAGUACCUUCAGCAACUGAAAUCCUCUUCUCGUCUGCCUCAGCAGACCUGGUACGAAUGGUUCUGGGGGCUGAAGCCGAAGGGUGGUCCAGCCAAUCCGACCGAUGCCGCCAGCAAUGAAGCUGUGAAGAAUGCAUUCGUGCAGAUGCUGGAUCAGACGGAGCCGCCGGCUGUAUUCAAGCCGAGUGAAGUUGCUCUGCAGCUGAACGAUGCGCAGUUGGCGGAGCUGGGAUAUGAAAAGUGGGAGGAAGUGCUGCCCGCUGUGUACGAGUUGGCUUUUGAGAUGAGGGAAUUCGGCGACUGCGAGAUUCUGAGGAAGGGACAAGUCUUGCCUGAGAGUGCGACGAUUGCGGACUUGGAUGGGCCGAUCCGAAUCAGGAGGGUCGUUAUGUGAAGCUGUGGCUGCGGAAGAGAGGGAAUAAUAAAUCAUACCCCACGCGAUGGUGGUUGUGGUGGAACACCAUCGCCAAUAUACCAUUGGAAUGCAAACGGGAAGACUGGGCAAUAUCUCUGGCUACAGACAAUAGCAAGAAUCCACGACAUUCAACAUGCUAUGCUAGCACUCUGAGUCCUGCCUGCAAAAGACCUUCCUUUGUACCACGCCGAUCCAGGUCGCAUUUCGGAGGGAUUAGCAGCCAAUCGAGAAAGCAAGGAUAGUCUAAGGAUGGCCUUAGUCAGCACAAACCGAUGGAUCUGUUUGACAUACCGAGCGC